AAUAUUGCAACUAGAGAAAUACUUUACAACAUGUCUUAAAAAGGUCAACAUAAUUUAUACAAGCAACUAGCGAAAUAAUUUGUAAAUUUGAUAAUUCAUAAUGAGAUAUAACAAUAGUUAAUACCACUGCUUAAGCAUGAAGCAAGCAUACUAAUUAGAGGGUGGCCUCAACAAACAGCAAAACCGGCCGGCUAAUAUAUACUUGAAAACUUAGAUCUUGAAUAAAUCCCACAGUUAGUGGUAAUCCUCUAAGUGGACUUCGAUGGGCUAUAUAUAACCUAUAAACAUAGUUAAGUAUAAGGAUCUUAACAUUAACCUGAAAAUGGUGUCUCUAAAUCUUUCUUUCGCCUUAGUUUUUAUCUUGGCAAUCUUAUUCACAUAUUCUGAAGCCAACAACAGCAGAAAACUCCUGCAAACUCCCACUAACUACCAGCCAGCAUAUUCUCCUCCUCCAUCUCCUACUCCGGUUUAUUCUCCCCCAGUUAAUCCUCCUCCUCCUACUCCGGUUACUUAUCCUCCUCCUACUCCGGCUUAUCCCCCUCCUGUUGCUCUUCCUCCUCCGGCUCCAAUAAAUUCUCCUCCUCCUCCCGCUCCGAUCAUUCCACCUUUGAAAGCUAAUCCUUCUCCUCAAGCUUACAGAGCCUUUUACUACAGAAAGUCUCCUCCUCCUCCCUCCGGCAAACCUUGGUGGUGGUUGUUAUGAGGCGGUAAAAAUUGGCUCAGGAAAGGACACUUGCCAAUGUCCUAAAACAUUAAGAGUGCACUACUGUUGUCUUAUAACAUGGUUUUGAUGUUUCUAGUCGGGUAUUUUGUAUUUUAUUAUUUGGAAUGUCAAAUAUAUUCAUCAGCAAAAAUAUAAAUGUUUUGCAAGCUAUUUGACUAUUUGUAUUUGCAAUAUGAAGCUAACCCAUUUG